AAACUGGGUGUUUGUCUAGUGUUAGCAUUUAGCAUGAUAAUUGAAAGCAAUGGCUGGAAAGCUCAGCUUUAAUGUAAACUUUUCCAACAUGGCUUAGUCAAUAUUUUAGAUCAUUGCAAUAUAAAUGACCAAACUGAAUUGUCUUUUUAAAAUGAAAUAAUCGACGACAACGAAUCUCAGGCGUUAUUCAUUUGGCAUAAAGACAGUAGCAAAAUGUAUAAAUGAUAAUUGUUCUCGUUGAUUAGUAGAAUCUUCAGUUGAAUAAAUCGAAAAGCGUUUUAAAUUGAGGUGAACUUGAGUGAAUUUUGAGGGCCUCUUUUGGACAGGGGGCCCUCAGUUAUCAAACUAAGAUGGUCUAAGUUGUGUUGAAUCACUGCAUCUAAUCACUGAUGCCGGACUUGGAGACUUUCUCUUUAAAAACGCGUAAAAUGAAGCUGCUUUGCCUUUUAAUUGAAGUAAUGAAUUGUAUAGUAGUAAACUAACUCUUUCUAAAAUUAAGUUCCGUAAAUGAUAAAAAAUUAGCGACAGCUUCAGCAUCAACAUGUUUUUUAUUGACCCUUGCUCUGUUGAACGAUCUUUUUUAGAUUGUGCAUUUAAUUGGCAAAUGUAAAAGAAUUGUCGAUGCAAUGUUUUAAACAUGUUUGAAGAACAGAAUCCAACUUUAUUAUUUAUGAUUGAGAUCGUGAUGCAUUGAUUUUGCACAGAUAUGCACAUCCGGGACAUUCAUCCGUAGAUAUGCACAUCCGGGACAUUCAUCCGUAGAUAUGCACAUCCCCCGGCAGGCAUCUUGUCAGUUCAUUAUCUUUGACUCGAUGGAACCGCGCUGUUCAAAAUGAAUGGGACUGCUUCAUUUAAAAUUCAAACAUGUUUUUUCCUUAUAUGCAAAUUGUAAAAAUACAAAAAAGGAGCAGGUUAUUAAUUUUUUAGAAUCAAAUUCUAGUAGACGAUGAGCCAUAACGGAAACUUGCGGCUUAGGUGUAUGUUCCAAAAUGUAAAUCAAAAUAACUAACUAUUCAAGCUUCCUAAGGAAUGGCCUUUUCAGUAGGCUUGGGAAUUUUGCCAGUAAUAUGGAGUAUUUUCACCCUAAGUGCCCCUAUUCUUGGGUACAGCGUGGCAGUCAGCAGUCAUCAUUUGUAUCCGUUCCUUCCAGCAAUAAGUGACACCGGAUCAAGAGAGCCAGAAGCUAACAUCUUUUCGAUGCUCAUGAAUUUGUCGGUCUUUUCUGGCAUCUUUAACAUAUACGUCCGCUUCUAUCAAUGUGAUCUACAGAUACAAUAUUGCAGGGACAUCAGAGAAACUCUUGUCCGCUUAAAUCGUACUGGAGUCGUUUUCGCAGUGAUAAGCAUCGUUGGUGCCAUAGUUGUCUCCAAUUUUCAUUCUCGUGCCGACCGUGCUCUUGUGUCAGUUCACGAUGCAGGUGCUGUUCUUCUUUUCACCUUCGGAGGCUUUUAUUUCUGGAUUCAGACCAUUCUUGGCUAUCUAAUGCGUCCAUAUGGAAUUUACUCUGGUUGCAUCUGCCACUUAAGGCUGAUAAUGACAACAACUAUCACUCUUUGCUCAAUCAUAUUUUUCACUGGUUCUGCCUAUGGGUACGAGCAGUUUGCAAAGCACAAUCACCACCACACAAUCAGUCAGUGGAUGCCGGCAGAUGGAGGAUAUGCGUUUCAUGUUGUUGGCAAUACAGCAGAAUGGUUGGCUCUUUUUUCCUUUGUUGGCAUGUCCUUGUCGUAUUACAGUGAGUUUGAAGGUGUCUCUAUCACUGUCACAUGCAGAGAAAAGCAGAUGAAUCCAGUAUCACCGGCUGAUGCGUUAAGCGAGUAUGCUCCUCUGCGCUUCAGUUUUGAAGACUGCACAGAGGGGGAUAGGGGCAGCAGAUGAACGUUGUUGAUGUUUAUAUUCAGUUUGGUGAAGGUUGCUAUGAUUUUACAAAUUGACUGUUCUCACUAAGAAGACAAUGUGGCUGUCUUUAAGCGCUGUCAGAGCGACUUUAAACGUUUCAAGUCACAUUCUAUUGAAUGUAAUGGUUUUGGCAAUUCAAACUGGCAUUAGACCAUAAUAACAAAUGGAACAAUAAUACGUAACAAAUUUUGCUUCAGUGUGGCGUUCUGAAACAUGUAAGAAUUAUAGUGUAGGGGCCACGUAAGAAGAGGCCAUAAGAUUUCUGGAAAUGAAUAUUCCAUAAAUUAAAGAUCUUCCGCGUACAGCAAAUCCUUUCUUUUCAAAACUUUUAUAGCAUUAAAUUCGACACUAACUUGCAUAAAAAACAUUAACAAGUGAAUUACUCUUGAAUUAUUUGGGCAAAUUAGACUUGUGCAAAAGAUACACUGAUUGUCUAAGCAGAUAUCUGAAGAAGACCUUUGAAAGAAAUACUGACAUCGCGCUGACAGUUGCACUGCAAAAAAAUAAAAAACGAAAUUAGGUGAAAUGACAGUUACUUAUAAACACAAACACUUCACAAACCUUUACUUCACAAACAACCCUUUU